AUUUUUGUUUUUUUAAUACAAAAUUUACAAUGUCUACAGCCAGUUUGACAACACAAUUAUUAGCCAUUUCAGUAAUAUCAUUACAGCGACAAAUCAUACAUAAUAAUAAUGUAAAUCGUACAUCGAUUGAUAAUAAUGAUAAUUAUUAUGAUUAUAUAAUAAUUGGAUCAGGAUCAUCGGGUGCUGUUGUUGCAAAUCGUCUUGCAGCCUUGAAUAAUCAAUCAUUACGGAUAUUAUUAUUAGAAGCUGGUGGUCCGCAAAGUAUUGUAAGCGAUAUGCCUGGUAUGACACCAUGGUUAGUUGGAACUGAAAUGGAUUGGCAAUAUUUAACCGUACCGCAACAGAAUAUUGGUCAAGCAUUUCGUGAUCAUCGUAUACGACAACCAAAAGGAAAAGUAAUCGGUGGUACAUCAACAAUCAAUUGGAUGCUUUAUAAUCGUGGUAAUCGUCAUAGUUAUGAUAAUUGGUAUCAAACAUAUGGUUGUGAUGGUUGGGAUUAUAAUUCAAUACUACCAUAUUUUAUACGUUCGGAAAAUAAUACAUCACCAAAAAUUGUUUCAAAAAAUCCUGGUUAUCAUGGUACACAAGGACCAAUUGGUGUAUCACCAAUGUAUCGACCAGAUCCAAUGUUAUUUGUAUUUCAAAAACAAAUGAAUAGUUUUGGUAUACCAACAUUAGAUAUUAAUGGUGCAAAUCAAUUAGGUACAAUGAUUUAUGAAUUAACCGUAAAUGAUGGUAAACGUUGUUCAACUGGAAAUUCUUAUUUGGAUCCAAAUCCAUAUCCAGAAAAUCUUCAUAUAAUGGCCAGAUCAUUAGUAACACGGAUAUUGUUUGAAAGAAAUAAUCAAACAAACAACAUUACCGCUGUUGGUGUUGAAUUUAAUCAUAAUGGAAAUAAUUAUACGGUUCGUGCUAAUCGUGAAGUAAUACUUUCAGCAGGCUGUAUUGGAUCACCACAAUUACUGUUACUUUCAGGCGUUGGUCCACGUAAACAUCUGGAAGAAUUAAAUAUAACAGUUAUUGCCGAUCUACCUGUCGGUGAAAAUUUUCAAGAUCAUGUUUUCAUUCAUCAUUAUUAUGAAGUAAAAAAUUUAUCAUUAUUAAAUGAACCAGUUGGACCAACCGUACAACAAUUAUAUAAUUAUUAUAUUAAUCAAAAUGGCCCGCUAACACAAUUACCAAAUUCAAUAACAUUUUUCAGUACAAAAACUAAUGAUAAUCCAGAAUGGCCAAAUGCUGUUAUUGAUGUUAAUGCAUAUAUGGUAUUAAGAAAUUUAACAGAUACCGUUUCCAGUUAUGGUACGAAUUUGGUUGAAUGGGAAAAUUUUUGGUCACCAUAUCUUGGUAAACAAUAUUUACUGAUAACAUCAGCCAUAUAUCGUACAUAUAGUCGUGGUACAAUUCGUUUAGCAUCACGAAAUCCAUUUGAACAGCCAUUAAUUGAUCCACAAUAUUUAAGCGAUGAAAGAGAUUUACAAGCAUUAGUUGAUAUGACAAAAAUUCUAUUCUAUGUAACACAAACAGGUGAAUUUACUAAAUAUGCUGAAAUAUUUAAACAACCAAUACCUGGUUGUCAAUUCUGUACGGAUCGUCCAUUAUAUCAAUGUGAUAGUUAUGUAAGAUGUAUCAUCAGACAAGUAGGUGAUACUGCAUUACAUCCAGGUGGUGCAUGUCGAAUGGGAUCCAUAAAUCGUACGGAUAUUGUUGUUGAUACAAGAUUACGUGUAAAAGGUAUUGAUCGAUUACGUGUUAUUGAUUCAUCAGUAAUACCGGAAUUAGCAAAUGCAAAUACACAUGCAGCAUCAGUUAUGAUUGGUGAACGUGGUGUACAAUUUAUUAUCGAUGAAUUAACAUUUUGAUCAUCUUUGAUCUUCGAUUAUCAUCAUCUUUGAUUAUCAUCAUCAG